CUAGUAUAUUUCAAGAAUUGAUUUCUGACAUGGUAUUUAUUUAAUGUUGUUGCUGAUCCUAGAAAAUCUAAGCCAAAAGUUUGAGACAGUAAAGAAAUGGGAAUAUAAAAAAGGUAAUUAAAGCAAUAACCGUCAUAUAAAGGUGAUAGUGUAGGACAAACUAACACAUCCACAUCUCUCAACUACAAUCUGCAAUCCACUAACUAGAACUCCCAUAAAAGCUUAGGCAGCCAACCAUCUCAAUAUUCUUCUCACUCCCCAUUAAAUUUCUCUUUGAUUUUGGGGGUGCCAACGCCCCCAGCUGUCAACUGAUUAAUGAAUUAUAUCGCAGCAUAAAUGUACAAGGCCUCUAGAGCGUUGAGGCUUGAGAGGAGUGCCAAAAAGAUCAAGAAAAAGAAAGGAGAAGAUGGGGAGUGAGAAAGAUUGCAGUGUUCCAUGCAGGAGUGAAGCUUCUUUGUUUUCUUGGCCGUGGGAGAACUUGGGUAGUUUAAAGUAUGUGUUAUAUGCUCCAUUAGUUGCAAAUGCCCUUUACGCUAUGUAUAGAGGUGAGAUCAAGAAUGGGGCAUGGUGCUUGCAUAUUCUCAUCUUGUUUGGGGCUAGAGCCCUUGUUCAUCAACUUUGGGGGAGCUAUUCUAGCAUGCUUUUCCUUAAUCGAAAUCGAAGAAUCGACCAAAAGGGCUUGGAAUUCAAGCAAAUUGAUUCAGAAUGGCAUUGGGACAAUUUCUUGAUGCUUCAACUGAUUGUUGCUUCGUUAGUGUAUUUGAGUUUACCUUUAUCCGAUUUCCCCAUCUUCGAUUCGAGAGGUUUUUUGUGGUGUCUAAUUCUCCACAUAGGAAUUUCAGAACCAUUGUAUUACUGGCUGCAUAGGUUGUUACAUUCCCCUGCUUUGUUCCAACACUAUCAUUGGCUCCACCAUAGCUCUAGAGUUCUGCACCCUUUCACAGCUGGACAUGCAACAUUCUUGGAACAUCUGCUGCUUUGUGUGGUUGUAGGAAUCCCAACCUUGGGAACUACCUACUUUGGAUACGGCUCGAUAAGCUUAAUGUACAGUUAUCUUUUGGCCUUCGAUUUUCUUCAGUGUUUGGCUCACUGCAAUGUUGAAGUUUUUCCCAGUCACUUGUUUGUUGAUUUCCCACUGCUCAAGCAUAUUAUUCGUACACCAACAUACCACAGUCUUCACCACACGGACAUGGCAACUAAUUUCUGCCUCUUUAUGCCCUUCUACGACAAGUUAUGGAAGACGACAAACGCCCAAUCGUGGGAGCUCCAACGAGAGAUUAGUUCAAGAACAAAGAGCAGAGUAGCAGAUUUUGUGUUUCUUGCCCACGUCGUUGAUGUUAUGUCAGCGUUGCACUCUCCAUUCGUUUUCCGAUCAUUCAGCUCAAUGCCUUUCAGUAUAAAGCCCUUCUUAUUUCCAAUGUGGCCUUUUACCUAUUUGGUGAUGCUUGUGAUGUGGGCAAAGGCUAAAACAUUCUUGUUCAGCCUUUACCAUCUUCGAGGCAAACUGCACGAGACGUGGAUCGUCCCAAGAUUCGGUUUUCAGUAUUUCUUACCUUUUGCCACAAAAGGCAUAAAUAGUCAGAUAGAAGAUGCUAUCCUUAAAGCAGAUAGGCUUGGAGUUAAGGUUAUUAGCCUUGCUGCACUAAAUAAGAACGAGAGCCUUAAUGGAGGCGGGACGCUCUUUACCAACAAGCAUCCCGACCUCAGAGUGAGAGUGGUACAUGGGAACACCCUCACAGCUGCUGUGAUCCUACAUGAGAUUCCUCGUGAUGUAGACGAAGUUUUCCUAACCGGUGCUACUUCUAAACUCGGCAGAGCCAUCGCUCUCUACCUUGCUCGACGCAAGGUUAAAGUCUUGAUGCUGACGCUGUCGACAGAGAGAUUCAGCAAGAUUCAGAAAGAGGCACCACUAGACUGCCAAAAAUACUUGGUUCAAGUCACUAAGUAUCAAGGAGCACAGCACUGUAAGACAUGGAUAAUCGGGAAGUGGACGACGCCCAGAGAGCAGUACUGGGCCCCUUCAGGAACACAUUUCCACCAGUUUGUAGUUCCUCCCAUCAUCCCUUUUAGAAGAGACUGUACUUAUGGGAAGCUGGCAGCAAUGAGGCUCCCAGAUGAUGUCGAGGGCCUCGGAUCAUGCGAGUAUACAAUGGGAAGAGGUGUGGUGCAUGCUUGUCAUGCAGGAGGAGUUGUACAUUUUCUUGAAGGGUGGAAGCAUCACGAGGUCGGGGCGAUCGACGUCGAUCAGAUUGAUCUUGUGUGGGAGGCUGCACUGAGACAUGGCCUGAAGCCAUUGUAGAUGUCAAGACUGCAGAAUUAUGCACACAUACAAUUCUUGUUUGUAUACUAUACUAGUUGAAUCUGUAGCAUACUACUCUCUUUUCCUUUUUUUUUUUUUGGGGGGGGGGGGGGGGGGGGGAAUUAAUUUUACAAAUAAAAGUGUUAACUACAGGGUGAGGAUACUAUACAAGAUCAAGGGACUAUAGAAUUGGGAGAGGUAAACAAAAAAAUUGAAGAUUUAAAUUGUGAUAUAUUGAAGUCUUAUUUCACA